GGGCAACGAACAUGAAAGGAUAUCUUUUAGAAGUAUCAACGAGCCGAAAUCGGAAGCCACGGCCAGGGAGAUGCGGCUGGUGGACGGAUCUAGCACGAGAUCCGGUAGGCUCCAAGUAUUGCAAAAUGGACACUGGCGAUCUGUCUGUUCCAACUCCAGGAGAUGGAGUGUGGCGAAUAUAGAAGUCGCUUGUCGACAGAUGGGCUGGGAAGGAGGUAAAUGGCUCGGUUGGUUGGACAAAGAACCCGGCCACAAACCCAGAGUUCUCAUCCAACUUAAUUGCAGCGGCACGGAAACUAAUAUCAAGCAGUGCGAGCGAGCUCCUAGGAGAAUGGGCGGUCCCACAUGUGAUUUUCAUCCUGAUAUCCAUAUUGAAUGCUUUCCUCAACACGUUACGAGCAAAGUUACCAAUAACUGGAGGGGAAUAAGAUUUGAAAAUGCUCUCUAUAGCAGGUACCUGACAUUGGACAACACUCUCUACGUACCUACGAGUCACUCGAGGCUUCAAUAUGUUGAUAUUGUAAAUGCUGGUUCUGGAAGUGGUUACAAUGCAACUUCUUCUCUAGAAAUCAUUGGAGUUGCCCCACAAAUGUCGUCUAUUAAAAUAACAGAUUCAGCUUAUACUGGAAUCAACAUCACCGAUCCACGUGGUCCUGUAAAUAUUUUGAAUUCUACGGUUAGCAAUAAUCAUGGUUAUGGUAUUUUUGUCAAUAGUUCUGAUGGGGGAGUUGUAAUCGGUGCUACGUUGGUGAGUGAAAACGAAGGAGAUGGUAUUAAGUACGUAUCUCAUGAACAUUGGCCAAAAAAUAGGAGGGAUAUUCAGGAUCUUUGUACGCUCCCAACGACUGCGCAACAGACCUUUCCCAUGACUGUAGCCCUUCAGCAAAGUUUGUACUCUGUAGCGACGAAAGAAUGCCAAAAGUAUUUCUUCACAAAUCCUGGAUACAAGCUGACUGUGAAUUUUUUGCCUAUCCAAACUGAUCGGAAUGGUUCCUGUUCAGUUCAGAUUUACGAUGGCAUAUCAUCUCAGGACAGGGUUUUAGCAUCGUUUCCGCUCUACAAUUCGACUAAAGUUCAGAGCAUAACUUCAAGUGGACAUAAUAUUUUCAUUAGUUUCACUGCCGAGGGCUCGACUGAUACCUACGCUCUUGUCAGAAUCACUUCUGGAACAGAUAAGUGGGUGGAUUUGAAUGUUACUGAUUCUACUGUUGCUGAUAACAAGGGAGUUGGAAUAUCUAUCGAAAAUCUCAGAAGCAGACUUAACAUUCAGAGAUCAUCAGUUUCCCAUAGCGACCACAUCGCAGGCGUUCACGUGAAAAAUGGUGCAGGACAAGUGAACAUCAGUGAUUCGAGAAUCGCAUUUAACAUCGGAGAUGGCGUUAAUAUUACUUAUGCUGGCGGGUCGACGAACAUCAGUAGAUCAUCUCUUUCUUCUAAUUUAGGACACGGAGUGGCUGUAUGGUACAAUAAAACCAGAGAAAAAGAACACAUCGCAUUCAACCAUAGUGUUGUUUUAGAAUAUAGUGAAAUUUUUAAAAAUCUUGAGAAAGGUAUAUUAGUUGGUAAUUUUUGUCUCGAUUCAACGAUAAACGUGACUGGGAACUGGUUUAACCUGAGCUUGAAUACAGCAGUCGAAGUCGAAACUUGUUUGAAACCUUCUUCGAAAAUACUCAAACUGUAUGUUGGUCAUAAUAUAUUUGUUCAAAAUAAGAGGCCAGGUGUGAAGAUCAGGCCAGCUGUCAAUUUAGAUGGAGUCAUCGAAUUCAAUAAAUUCAAGGAAAACACAUACGGUGGAAUACUUAUUAAAAAUGACCCCAGUGAAUUGUACGGUAUCUUGCCCAGUACCCUUUUAAUAAAGAACAAUGAAUUUUACAAUAAUCAAGGAAUAUACGUUGUCAAUAUCGGACUGUCUCCUUACAGUGAACAACAGCAUUUACUUUUUACUUGGAAUUUUAUUAAAGACAACAAAAUAAAGGAACCAUUUAACAACAACGGUGAAACGAAGGUUUUGACCCCUAGAAGUAGAGUUGCUGCACCGAUCGUUAUCUCUUCGGAAAAUACUGACGUUUUUCGUAAUAUCAUUCAGAAUCCUGACUCGGAAUAUGAAAUUGGUGUGCACCUUCAAGAUCAAAGCCAGACUAUCAAUUGUUCUUACAAUUGGUUGGGUUUCGGAGAUGAAGAAAAAAUUUAUUAUAGAUUAUUUGAUAGGAAGGACCGUUACAAUCUAGCAAAAAUUCAGUACAUACCAUUUCUUUUACAUAGAAGUAAUCCCGGAGCAACUACUAUUAUGAAUUACCAGCGGUACGUUCCUCAGUUUUAUAUUACUACAGGAAACUCGGUCGGUGGAGAAGUAGAUGGAAUGGAAAACUUGAGAUCUGGAGAGUACAAUGUCGUCAGAGAUAUCAACGUGCGACCUGGAGGUCGACUAAUCCUCGAACCUGGAGUUACAUUGAGAUUUCCUCCAGGUAUUGGAAUGAUGGUUGCCGGUUAUUUGGAAGCUAGGGGAAGAGGUCCUAAUGAUAUUCUUCUUUCGAUGAAGGAAGAACUUCCGAUUGAAGAAAGUACUACACUAGAAGAAAACUCAGAUGUUCCUAUUACUCCAACAAAACCUGAGCCGAAAAUACGUCUUAUUGGUGGAACGACAUCUUAUGAAGGAACUCUUCAAGUUCAAAUUGAUUCAAAAUGGGGUACGGUGUGCAACCAUCGAUGGACCGAGAGGGCAGCCUCUCUUGUUUGUAAGCAAUUGGGUUUGGUUCUCAACCCCGACGACUGGCUUCUUUACGUUUCAGACAUUCCCCAUCCUGGAACAAACGACCCUAUAUUAUUGACAAACGUUGAGUGUGAUGAUGAUGAUUUGGACAUCACUGAAUGUAAAUCACAGAAAGCUUCAGAAUUCGUCCAUUCUUGUACACACAUCCAGGACGUUGUGAUGCGGUGUUAUCCUCCUUCUUGGGCCGGUGUGAGGUUGGGCGUGCUCGCUGAGAGAAGCCAUCUUCAAUACAUCACCAUUCAGAAUGCUGGCCUUCUUGAUUAUGAAACAAGCGAAUUCAAACCUGCAUUACAAGUUGAUCUUGCAAGACAUACUUUAGAGAGUAUUCGACUUACGGAUAAUGCUCAUGAUGGACUUGGAGUAGUUUAUUCUGACAUAUUUUCUUCUGGUUCUGCAAAUAUGGUGAAGAAUUGUGAGUUUAGUGAUAACCGUGGCAGUGGAAUCAGUUUUAAGCAAGCUGGACUUAAAAUUAGUGGUUCUAAGAUAGAAAACAAUAGAAUCAGUGGGAUUCGUCACAAUCCUGUCCUUUCUGGAUUACAGCAAAGGGAAAUCGCAGGUUGGUUUAAACCCGUUUCCGAUCUUUCUGCUCAGUAUAAACCGUACAAUCCCAUAUAUAUACCUUCGGCUGACAAAACCAUUGAAGUCGAAGAAGGAAGUACUAAAUAUAUUAUUACACAGCGUGUUGUUACCGAUGCCAUCCAAAAUACUUAUUACAUCAAGAGCCCACCUGGCUUCGUUCUUGGAAUCCAACUCUUAAAUCCCAUUCUUAAUCGGAGCACGGAGAGCAUAAUAAUCCAUGAUGCUCCGGACCUUAACAAGCGCUCAGUGAAGUGGGACCUGUCGAGAGAUUUGAAUGUGUUUCCAGCGACAUCUAGCUCUUAUGGUGUAGUACUGCAAUACGACAGUGGUGUCAAUGCGCUUGGAACUGCAGUUCUUGCAUUUUCUGCAUUUAGAGCCCAACAAUAUAUGCUUCUCCAUAGAAUCUUUAAAGGACCUAUUCCUACUUUAUAUGUUCAUAAUUCAAGAAUUAAAGGAAAUACUCGUGGUAUUUGGGCAUCAUAUUACAACAGAUACAUUACUGAGGUCGGUGAGCAUUACUUAAGGAAGAGUAAUGAAUCUAUUCAAGUAAUUGGCUGCGACAUUUCUCAUAACAAAGGAGAAGCUGUUCUUAUAGAUGCGCCACAUUGGAGUGUCACUCCGUCAAAUAUUUCGGAAAUAACAAUAAUUUUCAAUUCUACUCUAAUCACGGACAACGGUAGAGGGUUCUUCCAGUUUAGCAGGGACUUGCGAAAUUCUACUAAUUUAUUUCAUUGGUCUCUCAAUGAUAAUUCCGUCGAACGUAACUUAUAUGGCGGAUUUGAAAUAAAUCUGCCAUAUGUUUGGCAGUAUAAUGAAAACUAUACCCAUUCUGUCAGUAUACGAAACAAUACCUGGCGAAAUAACCGUAACUUUGGAAUUAUGAUUGGUGGUCAUUUCUCUCGUGUCAACUUUACAGACAGCGUUUUCGAAGAAAAUGUUUGCAGAUCUGGUCUUAUUUCAUUUCAAGGGAUGGAGAAAACUUUGAAGAUAAGGAACAAUAUAAUUCAGAAAAAUAAAGGAAUUUUUAUGAUUGAAUUCAAAGCCGACAGUCAAUCUGAAAUCAUGGGUGACUUGAAUGCUAAUUUCAUGUAUAAUUUAGUUAAACACAACGAACCGCCUACUCCAGAGACUCCAUCGAGUGUUAUUUUGUUUAACGGUGUUCAAAAAGUUAAGAUAAAAAGAAACUUGAUAUCAGAAAACACUCUCGGAUAUGCCGUGGUUGCCGGAGUCAGGACAGCUCGCCUCGAUUCGAGGAUAGACAUCACAGAAAAUUGGUGGGGCACGAAGGACUUGCUCCAAAUUAAGCAACAGAUUUUUGACUUUGAUGAUUGGAAUGAUCACGCCAUUGCUGAGUAUCUUCCGUUCUUGAUUGAAGAUUCGUUUGAUGGCUCCAUUUCUACCUCAUGGGAACCGCCCACGUCGAUGGAUAUUGAUUCGUUAUCAGGCCGCCUCACUUCCAGUUUGACCAUCUAUGCUAGAGAUCAGCCGUACAAAGUAGUAUCAGAUCUCACCGUCAUGCCCGAAGCAGCCCUAGUAUUGAUGCCUGGAGUCGUGCUUGAAUUCAUGCCUAGAGUUGGGAUAUUGGUUCUCGGAAGGCUGGAAGCUCGUGGAACAAGAAACCGAGAAGUAAUUAUGAGGCCGGUGUCGUCGUUCAACUCUAAUAGAGGUCUUCCUAUCGUUGAACAGACUGUUCGAUUGUGCACACCAGACAAUUGUACAGGAAACGAAGGUUUUGUUGAGAGGUGGAACGCUACGACUCAGCAAUGGGUGCCAGUCUGCGAUGAACGUUUCUCCGAGAGAAAUGCUCAGGUGACAUGCCGACAGAUGUUGAGAGAUGGUUUAGAUGUAUUUGUAUCCCACGCCCGUAGGUACGAGCUGCACCACAGCGACACAUCAAGAAUAUGGUCGUGGCACGAACCGCUCCAGUGCACUGGGGAUGAAUUAAGGCUUGAAGACUGUGAAAUAAGACUAAAUGGACAAGUGUACGGGCAUAUUCACCGCUGUAAUUGGGACAGUGAGUUUGUGUUCGUUCAUUGCGGUCAACCUAUAAAGCAAUACAAUAACUGGGGAGGGAUAAGAUUUGCAAAUAGUGAUUUCGAGCAAAGUGAUUUUGAAAAUAGAAUCCACGAUGCCGUUACCCACACAACUCUGACAAAGCGAGAAAGUAUUUUGGAAUUUGUUAACAUUACCGGAGCUGGGCUUCUUCAUAGCCAGAAAUCACCUGCGAUCUUGUCCAUCUCAAGGUCUCCAGAAAUCAACAAUGUAAAUUUGACUCAAUCUGUGGACCAUGGAAUAUCUUUAAUUUCUCCUACAGAAAAUGUUAAACUGUUAUUUAAUUGGAUUCAAAAUAAUCUAGGCGUAGGAAUCAGUAUUUCCUCUAUAACCGGUGAAGGAAGAGAAAGUGAUGAAAGUUCUUUUACUCCUCUGAAAGAAGUUUUAUUGCCUUACAGAGCAUUCAGUCUUAUCGACAUGUGUGACCCUGCAAAAGAGCUCUUCGUUCAAGAAAGAGUUAUUCUUUAUUAUGUAUAUGACAACAGACCGAUUAAUUGUGUUAAAAUAUUUUACAGUGCACUUAGACUGAAACCUUUCGGAUUCCGGCUACUCCAGUUUAACCUGUACAAUUCGACUGAUCGAUUAGACUUGUUUGAUGGCGGACUUUAUAACCGAUCGAUUAAACAUUUGACUACCCUCGACUUCAGUUCUCAAGCUGGAGCAGAUAAGAAAUUGUAUAAAACUCAAAGUUCUAGUUUGAGUAUCAGAUUGGUCGCAAGCGCUGCUUCACGCUCCUAUGGUUUUAUAGCGGAGAUCGUCACAUUACCAAUUUCUGCCAUUGGGUUUAAUCGAGAUGUUCAACACAAUAUUUCGUAUUCACUUAUUUCACAUAACAAAGGAGGUGGCGUACAUUAUGUUAGUGCCGGCGAAGUGAAUCCGAGAAUAACUCUUGAAUAUAACCAAAUAAGGGAUAAUUGUUUGAAGAUGUACGGCAACUUCACGACUUGUACUGCGGCGAUAUACAUGGACCUUCAGAACACUCAGAAUUUGCACUUUAGGAAUAAUCUGGUUAAGAGUAACCAAGGAGGUAUUAGUAUUCAAGCAGAUUCUCGAGGCUCGGCUACAGCACUUAAAGGAUGGAUUCAUAAUAACCUGUUCACUGAUAAUCAAAACCUCCCUGCAUUGUAUGUUGAAGGCAGGCAGAGUAGCCCUUAUCAGCAAGUUACCAUCUAUAAUAACUUUUGGACUCGCAACUUGGCCAUAUACCACAACACUAUUGAACUUCUUCAGGUUGUUUCAAAUUUCACCCUUAAUUACCUGUAUGAAAAUGUUGGAGCUCAAAUAUUAGAAGUUUCUGGUUUCGAUCGUGUACGACUGCCUAUAUACCAAAGCACCUCUCACAACAGCUUUUUUUGGAAUCAUGGUGUCGAGAGAGAUUCAAAAAGCACUAUCGUAGCGGGAACCGCAGGUCAGCAAUACGUUGAUAAUAUAUUCUUCAAUCCUGAUAAUGAUUAUGAGAUGAUUACCGUCAACAGAUCAUUAUUUGAUGUCUGGCAGACUCCUGUCAAUGCUAAAAGUAAUUAUUGGGGUUUUAACACGACUUUAUCAGUCAUGGGACGUAUUAAGGAUAGAAGCGAUCAACCGAAUUUGUUGGAAGUGGAAUUUCUGCCUUUUUUGAUGAACAAUGGUAGUUUAUUGGAUGGAAAGUGCCCUCCUGCAUGGAAUCUAGUUGGAGACACGUGUUAUAUUUAUGUCGGUGCUCCGAUGACUUUCCACGAGGCUAGAGCAUUUUGCAAGGUUGCGAAUGCAUCACUGCCGUACGUCAUGGGAAAUUAUAUUGAAGUGUACAGAUUCCUGAAGAAGCAGCAAGAGACCUACCAGUUCUACGACAGAGUUUGGGUUCAACAUAUUGACCGUAUUAAUCAAUGUACUGCUUUUAUGUUCCAACGUAUUGAAAUUGACAACUGUAAUAGGCUGAGCCCUUUUAUUUGUGAGAUGGAUCCAAAAGUUGUAAUCGAUGUUCUGAGCUGGAGGUACGAUGUUGUUGCUGUCGCUAUGAUGGGAUCUGUUUUUCUUGCUAUUUUAUUAGUCGCUUUGGUAGCUGGAUUCUGGUAUUCUAAGUCUCGUCAGCGCCAGGCGCAGCGGUUAGAGAGACGGGCCAGUAUUCGACAAUCUUUACAUUCCUUGAGAUCUUUUGGUUCAUCUCAUGCCUUCUCUGAUGCUUACAAGAGGGGAAUUUCUGCUAGUAUUCAGCCUUCUCCAACUCUUAACAAAAGCAGUGAUUACAAAAAAAUGGCUGGAAGUUUAGACAGCAUUGAAAAAUCUCAAUUUAACUCCUCAAAUGAGGAAGAAACUCAGAGCUACGACAUUUAUGAAGCGCACAACCCUGCAGCUACCGAAGCCAUUAACCAGGGUUUUGAUCUCUCUUACCGAAAUCAAGGUUUCAAAGAUAAUUCAACAUUUACAUCGAGGGAAAAUAGUACUUGGCAUUCAACUGAAGACUACAUGAACAAUUCUUCGACACUUCCUCUCACUACAAGUUUAGCGAUGACCGAUUCAACGAUGGAUAUGGGUAGAUCGGAUUACCAACAAGAACCUGAAUAUCAGGAAUAUUACGUAAGGCCUAAAAGUUCUGCCCUCCUGGAGACGAAUCUCGACGAUUCGUUACCUCUAGCGCCGACUAGAUCUCAUUCGGAAACACUUCUUGACUCCGCUCAUCCUAAUCACCAUUAUAAUGGACAAGAUAUGUCGACGUUCCAACCGCUUAGCAAGAGCCAACCGCUGGAGACGGCCAUGUGAUUUUUCGUUAAAUCCUUUUAUUUUAUUUUCACAUUCCAUUUAAAGGACUGAAAUACAUUGAGAGGCAAAAAUGGCCACACAACAUAUGAUUCUUGUAGUGACUCAUUAAUUUUAAGCAUUCCUUUAUUUGCUUUAGAAAAUUAACCAACAUAUCGUCGGUUUAUUGCAAAAGUCGUUAAUUAACAUACUAUAAAAUUAAAUCAGUAAGUACUUCGAUGAAUUUUCUCUCUGUGAAAUAAGUAGAUAGUGGACUUAUUGUAUUUUUGAUAUGUAAAAGUUUGUUUAAUUUUACUCAAUAAUUGUUUUUUCGCAUAAAAAAAUAAUAUCAGAAUUCACAAUAAUUACUUAAAAGUUUAGAUCCAUCAAAAAUAUACUUAGUGACUUUUUGGUAUAAAACGAUGAUAAGUUCAAUAAGAUUUAGAUCUGGACUAGAUAAUGACUUAUUUAAAUAUUAUAUUGAUGCAUUUCCUAAGUGUCAAAAAAUGGUGGUGAUUUAUUUUGCUUUUCAAUGUAUAAUAGUUUUAAAUAUAUUUUAUUCAAUAAAAUAUAUUUAUGAAUGAAUUUUAAGAUAACAUUACCUUUGGAGUUUUUAAAUUUAUAAUUAUAAAAGUUUUGAAGGCAAAAUCUUUUAAGUUAAUUCAUUCUGUUUAACAAAAUGUGAAGAAAUAUUUUAAUUAAUGAAGUUCUGAAGACAUUUACGUUUUACGUCAACAUGUCUAUAAGUCUAUAACUGUUUAGAAAAAUAUAAACAAUUGUUUUUUAAAGUUAUUUUAAUGGAAAAGAACUGUGUUAAAUAUAUAACGGAGGCUUCUAUUACACUCGUCUGAUAAAGCUUUAUUCAACUAAUGUAAACGGCUAUUAAUAGCAAUCUACUCUCUUAAUAAUGCAUUUAUUGUAUUUGAUUAUAGUUUAUUGAAUACUUAUUAGUGAAAACCUUACAUAAUAAUUGAAUUAUAAGAAGGCUUGUGCUUCCAAAUUAAUUAAGAUUAUACUUGUGAGAAUACAAGUUGGCAUAACUUGAAAUUUCAAAUGUCAGAAAUUUUGAUAGUUGGAUCAAUAUACACAAAUUUGUAGCCUAACAUAUGUUGUUGUAACCUAAAAAAAAUUUUAAGUUACGUCCCUUGAACUCUCGCAGUGCGAUAAGUUAUUAAAAUUAAAACAUUUACAUAAGACAAAGAUUAUAUGAUCUCAAGAUAAGAUGUAUAUUUUAAAUAUUAUUACAGGCUUAUUUAAUAGCCUGUGAAAUAUAUAUUAUGUUGAAACCAAUGCUUUAAAUGUGAUAUUUUCAAUAUUAGUUAUUUUUAGCCUUUCAGGUUUUGGUCUUUGUAUAUAAAUAAUUCUAUGUAUAUUCCUGUAAAUUUAAUAUAUGUUUGUAAAUAUGAAAUUUUAUAGCUGUUGCAUAGUUUUUUUUUUUUUUUUUUUGUAUAUGUGUAAAUAUGUAUUAGAUUUUAUUUAAAAUUUAUUAUACACUUUGACAAUGUGUAUAAACCAAGACUGUGAAAAGCAUCACACGGACACUUAAAUUUAUCUAAGUUUAUAUAUAAAUAUACAUAUGUAUUAUAUACAUAGAUACUUUUAUACUUAUGUAUUCGCAUAGACAGGGUAAUUCAUUUAAACUUACACUUAGGAUAAUAAAUAUUCUAGUGUAAGUUAAAGUCCCCUGUAAAAUAUAUGUAUAUAUGAAAUAUUUUGUUAAAAUUAGUUAUUAAUGUAUAAAUUUAUUAUUUUAUUGGAGUAGUACCAUUAUUGAUAGAUUUUGUAUUAGAUGAAAUUGUAUUUGGCACUGUUUUAUUGUGUGAUAAAGAUAACGAGGCAGUUAACGACAACUUUAUUGAUUUCUGCUUAAUUAAAUGUGGCUAUAGAGCCAUUUGUUCAGUUUAGAUUUUUUUUUUUUUUUUGCAGAGUUUUUCAAAAAUAAAUUAUUUAUUAUAUGGAUAAUCUGUAGUAGUGGUUCUCAAACUGUAUGACCUGGCAAUAAUAUUUUAUCUGAAGAUUUAUUAUUUAAAUUCAAAAUUAUAAAUUUGGAAAAUAGAUAUUAUAGAAAUUUAUGUUUAUUAAACUAUAAAAUUACUGUUAGAACUAGUUGACCUAUGAUGUAUAAUUCGCACAGUAUAUAAGUCAGAAAACAAUUGACAAUAUAAUGUAGAAAUAAUUUAAUGUAAUGUAUUAUGAGAUAGAGGAAAUAAUUUUAUUUUUCUCAAUGGAAUCACAUUAGUUCAUUCAUAAUAAUAAACCAAACACAUGUAAGGCUGUAUAUUUGCUCAUAAUGGUCUGAUUUCGAUGAUUUUUUUUUUGUUUUUUAGGGAAUUCAAUUAUCCUUCGAAUAAUCGAUAGUGCAAUCAACAAAAAAUAUAUACUUUUUGAGUCAUUCACAAAUAAAGUUUCUUUUCUUUCAUAAUUUUUUUCUAAAAUUUGGGGGGAAUGAUACUUACUAUAAUUCCUCACUCCUCCAUGACAUUCCCUUUCGUUUGAUUCCUCAUUCAUCAAAAUCCAUCGCUCCUCAGGACCAAAAAAGGAUUUACAUUGCAAAAACUACUGUAUUAUAUAUAAAGAUAUAUUAUUGAUAAUAUUUGGGCAAAAUUAUAUUAUAUUACCACUUUAAGGUUAUAUAACCUACAACUUUUUAGUUUGAUAAGGUUGCUAUGGUAAAACAAGUUUGAGAACAGCUGAUCUAUAUUACUAGUUAAAUGAAAUGCCAUAUAGGAAUGUUCACAAGACCAUUAUCCAUAAUUUGGUCUUUAUGAAAGACUGUUAAUAUUACCCUUGAAUGUGUUCAUAUAAUUGUAAACUAGAGAGAAAGCCAAAAUGCUGAGCAAUGAAUUUGUAUAUAUUAUGUUUAUAAAUUUCUGUAUAUAUUUGUCUUUAUUUAUAAUUUUUUAAUAAACUCAUUUUUUUAAUAUAUUUUAUUUUUCCUUAAUCAACAUAAUAAUCUCUUUUAGGAUAUUUAAAGUCAAUCGAAAAUAAAUAACAA